AUGGAAGAGACUAAAGGCAUUGAGUUGGUAAAAAGGCAAUCUCGGUUUCCUUCUGUAAAGUCAGACGUAGUUCCAGACUUAUUUGUGCCUGAAGAGGACAAUAGCUUGUAUUUUACAUACUCAGGACCACCAAAUGUCCUGGAAGUUAAAGAUUUGACCUACCAGGUUAAUUUAAACGAUCAGAUUCCAUGGUAUGAAAAGCUUGCAGAGUUUAAAAUGCCCUGGGAAUGGAACAAAGGAUCCCAAACAGCAGCAAUGAAAAACCUAAAUGUCAGAGUCAGUAGUGGACAAAUGUUGGCAGUCAUUGGGAAUUCAGGUUGUGGAAGAACAACUCUUUUAGACAUCAUAACAUGUAAGGAUGAAGGUGGGAAGAUUAAAUCAGGACAAAUCCUCAUAAAUGGGAAACUCAGCACAAAGAAUUUGGUGAAGAAGUGUGCCGCUCAUGUCCCUCAGGAUGAUCAAUUGUUGCCGCACCUCACUGUUCGAGAAACGCUGUCCUUUAUUGCCAAACUCCGCCUCCCUAAAUCCUACUCAGACAAGCAGCGGCAAAAGCGGGUGGAAGAUGUUAUAGCUGAGCUCAGGUUACGGCAAUGUGAAAACACUAAAGUGGGAAAUGCAUACACACGAGGAGUGUCUGGAGGAGAGAGGAGAAGAGUCAGCAUUGCAGUCCAACUUUUGUGGAAUCCUGGCAUCUUGAUUCUUGAUGAACCUACCUCUGGCUUGGACAGUUUUACAGCUCACAAUCUUGUGAUAACCUUGUCCAGACUUGCCAGGGGAAACCGCCUGGUUUUAUUAUCAAUCCAUCAGCCCCGAUCAGACAUAUUCCAGCUUUUUGAUCUGGUUCUGCUCCUGUCAUCAGGUUCCACAAUCUACUCUGGAACAGCCAAAGACAUGGUGCAGUAUUUCACUUCUAUUGGCUACCCAUGCCCAAGAUACAGCAACCCUGCUGAUUUCUAUGUUGAUCUCACUAGCAUUGACCAGCGAACCAGAGAACAGGAGAUGGAAUGCUUGGAGAAAACCAGAACUCUUGCUGAUAUUUUCCAGCAAAAAGUCAACAAUUUUGAUGAUUUCCUGUGGAAAGCCCAAGAUGAAAACACAGAUCUAAUCUCCAGUGAAACCCGUAGCCUGCCAACACCUACUGCAAAUAAAGUCAUUACUAUCGAUAAAUAUGAGAAGGAUAAGCUACCUAAAGGAAUUCACCAAUUCUCAGUACUGCUAAAUCGUCAUGUUUCAAACGACUUGCGGGACCUGACAACGUUGCUUAUCCACAGUGUCGAGGCUGUUUUGAUGGCACUUUUAAUUGGAUUUCUAUAUUAUGGACAAGGUGGAAGUCCACUUUCCAUACAAGACACAGUUGCACUGUUGUUCAUGAAAGGCUCACUCACACCCUUUGCUGUUGUCCUGGAUGUAGUUGCAAAAUGUCAUUCAGAAAGAGCAAUGCUUUAUCAUGAGCUGGAAGACGGAUUAUAUUCUAUUACUCCCUAUUUUUUUGCUAAGGUCAUUGGUGAGCUCCCAGAACACUUUGCUUUCAUUGUUUUCUACAGCGUGCCCAUAUACUGGUUGUCAAAUCUGAACCCCUUACCAGAAAACUUCCUCCUAAACUUUGUUCUCAUGUGGCUGGUGGUUUACUGUAGCCGUACCAUGGCUCUGUGGAUGUCCGCAUUGUUCCCCACCCUACAGAUGUCCUCCUUCCUCAGCAAUGCUAUCUUUACAGCUAGUUAUCUGACUGGAGGAUUCAUUAUUAGACUGGAUAAUCUCUGGACAGUCCCUUACUGGAUCUCCUUUGUGUCCUUCAUGCGUUGGAGCUUUGCAGGGCUCAUGCAGGUUCAGUUUACGGGUACUAUAUACAGCAUCCAAAUCCAAAAUAUCACUCUUCCUAUUCAAGGAGAAAUGAUUUUGAAAAGUAUGGAGAUGGAUACUUAUCCGCUCUACGUCUCCUUUCUUACACUCAUUGCCAUCUGUGCUGGUUUUCUCCUUCUGUAUUACUUGUGUCUCAGGUUCAUUAAGCAAAAAUCAAGCCAGGAUUGGUGA